CACCUCCAAACGUGACAGGAAUUGUAUUAAUAGUACCUGCAUCCAGUGCCGUAAAUAGGACGGUGCUAACGGUGCCCAGGCACUGGGCGCAGAAAUGACCUAGACCACGUUUUGGGUCAUAGUUUUGGGGCGUAGUUACAGAAGCUCGCACUGGGCGCAUAAAAGGCUAGUUACGCCGCUGCCUGCAUCUGAUGUAUUUCGAAAAUAUUACUUGAAUGAGAAAUAUUUUUAUCAUGAUAGAAUUCGGAAGAAAUGCAAUUUGAAGAUAUGAAAUCGAAUUAAAUACCUCAAAAUCAGAAUAUUGAUCACGAAGCAAUAUGGAUAACAUACAGGAGAUGGUGGCAAAUGUAGUCCGAAAAUCAAUGAUGUUCAAAGAUAAAGUUGCUAAAAAAGAUACACACGGGAAACUGAAUCCAAUAAAAAUUAAAAAUUACGCCAAGAAAAUACUAUACGGUGAUGUUUUCUCUAUAGAUCAUCUGAAUAUUUAUCAUCCCGAGAAUUCACCACGUAAUGAAAACAGAAGGAAUUGCAAAUCAGAAACCGAACAUGAGAAACCGGAUAAGAAAUUCGUAAAUAAAAUAAUCGAUCCAGAUGGUACAUUGCAGAAAUGCAGAGGAACACUUAUGAAUUAUUACAAGACUUAUAAUGCCUACAUGAGGUCUUUGUUCUGGGAAGAAAAAAGAAAAGAUUUUCCGGUUAAAGAUUAUUACGUGGAUUUAAAAGUACAAGAAGCCGAACUUUUAGGCAUUAAGACAGAGAAAACUGUUCAAUUAGAAGACAUUUUUUCGUAUACUUCAGAUAACCACGUAAACAUUCUUAUGACGGGAUAUCCAGGUUAUGGAAAAACCACUCUAUGCAAUAAAAUAGCAUACGAUUGGGGGAAUAACAGCUCCUCAGUGAAUUACGUUAGUCACUUUUACAUGGUCGUGGUUGUUGUUUUAAGAGAAUUGAGAGGAAGGAGCGUGAGUGAUGCAAUUUUACGCACCAUAAACAAAAACGCAAUGGUAGAGGUGAAGGAGAAAAUAAGGAAAAAUAACCUGAAUUUAUUGGUUAUUUUAGAUGGAUACGAUGAGAUUCUAGAUAAAAGAUCGAUCGUACAGUUCAUUAAGAAAGAUUCGUUUGACAUUUCUGUUCGGAUGACGAUCCUUGUCACCAGUCGACCACACGUUGCAGAAGGCAUAAGGGAAUACAUGAAUCUGAGAUUCUCUAUCGAAGGAUUUACUCCAGAACAACAAGAAAAGUACAUCAGAAACGUUUUUAAAGUCAGUCAGAACACGGGAGAUAAUAUAGUCACGUUGUUGAAGAGCAACCAGUUUUACUCUACGUUGGCACUAUGUCCAUUGAUGUUACACUUUCUCUGUUGUCUACAUCGAUAUAAACGGGUAGAAAAUAUAAGAAGAAUGACAGAUUUGUACAUCGAAAUAUUUCGUCUAAGUAUCAAAAGAUACCAAAGAAAAACGAAUAAAGCUGUCAAUUUAAAAAAGGGUAGAUAUUUUUACGGAGAAGAUUUAUUGAUCAGGCUGGGAAAAUUAUUUUAUACCAAACAAAAAAAUUCACCGUUUAUAAAAGUAUCAGACGAACCACAACAGAAAAUAACAGAAGAUUGUUUGAAGGAAUGUUUUCCUAUCGAAGAAGAAUUGAAUUUUAUUCUUGGUAUUGACAUUCUUGUACAAUCCUACGAUAUAAAUGAUGAUACUCCGUGCUUCGAAUUAAUGCACAGAACAUUUGAAGAGUUUCUUGUUGCACUGUGCUGUUGCGACGGAACCACGUUAACUGUUUUGCAUUUCUUUUACGAUAAUCGUUACUUUUUCCCAAAAAUCUUUCCAUUGAAAAACUAUUGCACAUUGUUUUACUUAGGUUUACUUGGAAACCAACCAAUGAAAGAUUUUUUUGAAGGUUGUUUGGAGUAUAAUCUUUAUCCUCUGCAGUUUGCAAUUGAAAUGUAUCACGAGAUCGAAAACGAAGAGAACAGAAAAAUAUUGUGUAAAAAAAUAAAAUGCUAUCUAACAACCAAGAGUACCGUCGAUUACAGCAAAUUACCUUUGUUGUUAAGUCGAAUAUACUUUUUCUUAGAUAAGGACGACAAUUACGAAAGCAUGCUUAAGAAAUUCAAGGAGUUACACGAGCAUUGUCAGCAUAGGGAACGAACCGAAAUUUAUAUCUUUAUCAGAGCAGAAAAUACUUUAUUGCUUGGUAGAAUGUCACAAGAAAUCAAUCGUCUUCGUGUACAAUUGCAAUUUUUGCAACGUUUACUAACCGAAAUUCAAUGGAAGAAAUUUAAGAUUUAUUUCUAUGGUUUAUUGCAGAUUUCUUUCUACGAUGAGAAAUUUCGUGAUAUUCCAAAUGACUUUAUAUUCCCUUGCUGCAUUCUAGUGUUUUUCAAGAACAUCGAAAAUCCUGCAAAAGUAUACAAUAUAAACAAAUUGCAAGAAGGAAAUAAAGAUUUAGUGGCAAUAAGAUUUCAUUCAGAAUUCGAUAAAACGAACUUCUUGCUAAUUUCUCAGCAUCAGUUUUAUAAUUUAAGACCUUUUAUUAAAUUAUUUCCAGAAAUGUCUGAGAUUCUUGUUGAAAUUUACAAUGGCAGAUUCUCGUGUAAUGCUAAUGUAUAAAACUUUUCCAAUUGUUCGAUUAAGU